AUGUUUCCCUCUACCCAAACCCACACCUUAGACUGUCACUGCAUUAAAUGUCACAACAGUCAUCAGAAAUCUUCUUAUGCUGCAAAGCGUACUGAGACUCGUCGUAAUAAGAGAGCUAGAGUUGAAGUCGCAAUGAGAAACAUGGAUGUAGAUACUGAGAUAAUCCCAAUCUCUCGUUCUGAUUCUGUGGAAGCAAUGGACGGUCAGACCAACUCACCUUUUUUGGAUGCCACCUCAAUGUUUGACAAUGACAGAGACAACAAUGAUUUCGAUGACAAUGUUGAAGAUGAAGUCAAUGAGAUUGAGAUUGAGGACUUCAACAGUCAAGAUCAGUACCCUUUUGCUGCUCCUAAUAUGCCCGAAAAUGAAGUCCAUCAAUUCAUAGCCAUCUUUACGGUACUGUUUGCUUCACGUCAUGUUGUUGAUAAGGGUGCUGCUGUCUUGAUUGAGUUUAUCAACAACCUGCUGAGAAUCUACGACCAAGAUUUUCAAUUACCAACCAGUCUUGCCAAUUUACAAAAAAUGACAGGAUUUUCUGCUAUUACAAAAGGCAUCAAGAAAUUUGUGGUGUGCCAAGACUGUCAUACAGUAUAUCAGGAUAUUGUAUCUGCUCCUUCUCGAUGUGUUUCCUCAAAACUUGGUGCCAGGUCUGCAUGCAACUGUAAUUUGACGAAAUCCGUAUCUUCCAGUGCCUUGGUUGCAAAGCGUGAAUAUGUCUACCAAUCCAUUAAAAAUACAUUGAGCGCUUUCUUCUGUCACCCUAGUUUCAAAGCCAAGAUUCUUUGCUUCGAUGGAGAAAAUUGCAGAGACAAUGGUACUGCCCAGAGAUUACAUCACACUGACAACCAAAAUUGGAAAGGGCUUCAGCUACAUGAAAGCAGACGAGUGGAAAUCAUAGGUUCUGGUUUAUUCUCCUGUCUUGUUGCAUGCAUUACUUUUGAUGAGAUCACCACUGCCCACAGUCUGUUAGAAAAGUUUUGCAAUGCAUGUAACGUAGACUAUACCGCUACUAUUCUCACCUGCAAUAUGCAUCUACACCUCCAUCUUCACGAGUGCAUUCGUGAUUUUGGACCAAAUUUCAAGACAAAUGACAAAGAUGGUUUUGAGGCGACCUACAUGAAAAAUUUUGUUCAGAAUGCGUAUAAGGGUGAUUAUGUCAAUGCUGUUCUUAAAAGUUCUAGCCAGAUCCCCUUCAUUCACACUCUGUCUAAACUUGUUACAACCUCCAUACCUGCCGCCACAGUCACCACUCUCUCCAGUCGCCCAUUCAGAUUGCAAGCCUUCGUUCAAGGCUACACUGAUCCUUAUAAUCCACCCAAGGGUAACGAGCCUCUUCCUCCUUCUACAUUUCCUCUAAAAUACAAAAAGCCAUCAGCAAAGUUUGUUAGUAGUAAUGGAAACAUUAUACUUGGAUUUGCUGGACAAAUUCAGUAUCUUUUUACACACUCCUUCCAACUUCCACCCACACACAAUCUCCAUCUGACUCGCAUAGUUCAUGAUCAUCAACAUGUAUUCGCAUUUAUCAAGUGGUUUCGUACUUCCUCUGAUAGGUCGCAUGAGGAUGAUGGUGUUGAAUUUUGUUUGUCCACGUUCUCUUCUGAUAGCUACCAUAGCAUUAUACCGGUACAUCGCAUCUUAUUAGAGGUUGCUACAGCUACUAUUGCAACAAGUAGAAAUGUUAGCAAAAUGCUGGUAAUUCCAUUGCCAAAGAAGCUAUAUGCUUAA